GAGGACUUUUCAACCGCCGGAAAUGACCCCGGAAGUAGUCCUUUGCCGACGAUUUGAAAAUGGCGACCUGCUGCAUGUGAAGAGGACGGACCCGGAGCCGGUUUUUAAGUUACAAGACCAUGUAUAAAACGCCAUGUAGCAAACUCACAGUUCUGGUAGGAGCCGGCCUUUUCCAGACACUUGCGGAAAACGCGUCAAGAAGUCACCAGUGCUCCCGUAGCCUCGUCCAGCUCUGCAGGAGGUCUCCGGCCGACUGGAUCACGUUUCAGCAUCUUAACUUCCUGAAACGCCAGUAUGUGAUGAAGAACGGCGGCGGGCUCCGCCAGCGGGCCAGGGCCAAGCGGGAGCCCAUCUCGGGCGCACUGGAGGACCACGAUGACUCGGUGGUGCGGCAGGUCCAGCAGGUCCAGCAGGUCCCGGCCAUAAGGCCCAUCGUCAUGGGGACGGCAGCGGCGGCGGCGGCGGCGGGGCAGGAGGGGAAGGCCCAGGCAGAGUCGGGGGCGGAGUCGAGAGCGGAGUCAGAGGCGGAGUCAGAGGCGGAGCGCGAAGCGCGCCUGGAGAGGCAGUGGAAGGAGCUGAAGGUGGACCGGGCCGAACUCUUGGGGGUAUACGCCCGGCUCUCAAAGAUCAGACUCACAGCGUUGGUCGUCACCACGGCAGCGGCUGGCUACGCCAUGGCUCCGGUGCCCUUUGACCCCAGCUGCUUCCUGUUGGCCGCCGUGGGAACGGGCCUCUCUUCCUGUGCUGCCAACUCCAUCAACCAGUACUUUGAGGUGCCGUUUGACUCCAACAUGAACCGCACCAAGAACCGACCCCUGGUGAGGGGCCAGAUCAGCCCCCUCCAUGCGGUGCUGUUUGCUGCAGGGUGUGGUGUACCGGGCGUGGCCAUGCUGACUCUGGCAGUGAACCCCCUGACGGGGUUCCUGGGGGCGCUCAACAUCGUCCUGUACACCUGCUGCUACACCCCCCUCAAGAGGCUGAGCAUCGCCAACACCUGGGUGGGGGCUGUGGUGGGGGCCAUCCCCCCCGUCAUGGGCUGGACCGCAGCCACCGGGAGCCUGGACCUAGGUGCCCUGCUGUUGGGGGGCUUCCUGUACUGCUGGCAGUUCCCCCACUUUAACGCGCUCAGCUGGAACCUGCGGGAGGACUACUCGCGGGGCGGCUACCGCAUGAUGUCCGUCACCCACCCGGCGCUCUGCCGGAGGGUGGCCCUGCGCCACAGCCUGGGCCUGAUUGGCCUGUCGGCCCUGGGCCCCGCCCUGGACCUCACCACCUGGACCUUCCCCCUGGUGUCGCUGCCCAUCAACCUGUACAUCAGCUACCUGGCCUUCCGCUUCUACCGGCGGGCGGACCGGGCCAGCGCCCGCGGCCUCUUCUUCUGCAGCCUGUGGCACCUGCCCAUGCUGCUGCUGCUGCUGCUCACCUGCAAGAGACCCCGGGGAGAGCCGGGCGACUCCGCCCCCGCGCUCACAGGCCCCGCCCCCGCGCCCACAGGCCCCGCCCCUGUGCUCACAGGC